AAGAAACCCAAGCAGCGACUUCCCUGUUACGGACUCUGCUUCCUAGUCUAUGCGUCUUGAGCUAAGCUGGCCGAGUAAUUUGUAAUUGUUCUUCAGAAAGCUCAGAUCUUGACUCAAUCGGACGUUUUCGGGUGGAUGGAGAACGCAGACGUGUUCUUGGGUCUCCAAGACUUUCUGGACCGCAUGAAACAACCCUCUGCUGCUGAUUUGGUCAAAUCCAUCAAAAGUUUUAUUGUCUCGUUUUCAAACAAUGUUCCUGAUCCAGAGAAGGACAGUGCUGCAAUACAGGAGUUCUUUACCAAGAUGGAAGCAGCUUUCAGAGCUCAUCCACUUUGGGCUGGUUGCUCAGAGGAGGAACUGGACAGUUCUGGUGAAGGACUAGAGAAGUAUGUCAUGACGAAGUUAUUUCCCCGUGUAUUUGCUUCGCAUCCAAAUGACGUACAAUUUGAUGACAGACUUUCUGAGAAGAUCGCUUUGAUUCAACAAUUCAUUCAACCAGAAAACUUGGAUAUUAAACCAACCUAUCAAAAUGAAACAUCAUGGCUUCUAGCACAGAAAGAACUGCAUAAGAUUAAUAUGUACAAGGCACCAAGAGACAAGCUUGUUUGUAUCCUUAAUUGUUGCAAGGUUAUCAGCAACUUAUUGCUUAAUGCUUCUAUAGCUUCAAAUGAAAACCCUCCAGGAGCUGACGAGUUUCUUCCUGUCCUGAUUUAUGUUACUAUAAAGGCAAACCCUCCGAAACUGCACUCAAACCUGUCGUAUAUUCAAAGGUACCGGCAUCAAUCUCGAUUAGUUGCAGAACCUGCAUAUUUUUUCACGAACAUGCUCUCGGCUGAGUCUUUCAUCUCCAAUAUUGACGCAAAGGCACUUUCAAUGGAAGAAACUGAGUUUGAAAAGAACAUGGAAUAUGCUCGAGCACUUCUUUCUGGGCUUUCAGCUGAUUUGGAUGGUCAGACUGAUCAAAGUGAUAAGGAUGGUUGGUCUAGAGCAGAACCUGUGGAACCUAGGCAUCAGUCUUUGAAUGUUUCUAAUGAAAGGGACUCCAUAACACGAGCCAAGUCGUCUGAAACAAAAUCCCAAAGUAAUAUGGUCCCGGAUGCAAAAGAUACAUCAUUGAUGAAGAAAAUCCCCUUCCUCUCAGAUUUGGAGAACAAAGGAGCAACUAUGCUUUUGAAGGAGGAUGUGGUGAGCCAAGUCUUUCGGGAUUAUCCUUACUUGUUUGCGCAUGGUGGUGACCUAACAGUCAACGACGUAGAAGAGCUGCUAAAUAAUUACAAACAACUUGUCUUCAAGUAUGUUUGCCUUUCCAAAGGGUUGGGUGUUGCUCCUCUUCCUUUGUCCAUUUCACAAACUCAGAAACCGCAGGAAGAAGCUACUUUCAAAGAAGCUGGAGAUCCCCGUACUGAAGAGUCAAAUGAUGAGUCAAAAGAGCUUCUUAGCCAAGAUGAUGGUACGAAUAAAGUUUCACCAUUACAAGAUGAUAUUCUUAAACCCAAGUUGCCGCAGGAUGAAACAGUGGCAACUAUUGGUGGGGGAAAUGAUGAGACUUCUCAAUGAUGUUUCUCUUUAGACAUGCUUAUUUCCUAAGCAAGAUAACUUAUUGAAUAUGCAAUCCAAUGUACAGGGGUAAGGCAGGGGACCUCUAUUAUACCGCCCCCAAACCAGCCAGAACGGUGUAAAACAGUGAAAAAAAAUGAAAAAGCGAAAAAGAAAUGCAGAAAAGGGAAAUAGGAACCAAAAAAGUGGCCAGGGUCAUAUGAUUUAUUGUUUUAAUAGACUGCUGUUACUGUUGACCAAUAAUAAGCCCAUUGUGAUGGUGGUUA